AUGCAAGACCCAGGGCUCAAGGACUACGUACGUGUUUUGACACCCUUUUUGAUCUACGGGAGAAGGGGGACAGGACGGUUGGGCGAAUGCCUCGGCAAGGGAGCCUUUGGGUCGGUGUACAAGGCGUUCAACUGGGGCACCGGAGAGGCCGUCGCCAUCAAGCAGAUCAAGUUGACGGAUCUGCCCAAGAGCGAGCUGCGCAUGAUUGAGCGAUCCAACCACUCUCCAGCCAACAUCAUCAGAUACUGCGAAAACGGCUCUCUCCAUUCGAUAUGCAGAGAAUAUGGCAAGUUCCCUGAAAACCUGGUCGGCGUCUACAUGACCCAAGUCCUCCAGGGCCUCCAGUACCUCCACGACCAGGGUGUCAUCCACCGCGACAUCAAAGGCGCCAACAUCCUCACCACCAAGGACGGGACCGUCAAGCUUGCCGACUUUGGCGUCUCCACCAGCACACUCGCCGGUGGCCAGGACAAGGAGGCGCAGGUCGUCGGCACCCCUUACUGGAUGGCCCCCGAGAUCAUCCAGCUGUCCGGCGCCAGCUCUGCCUCAGAUAUCUGGAGUGUGGGGUGUACCGUCAUCGAGCUUCUCCAGGGUCGGCCGCCAUAUCACAAUCUUGCUGCUAUGCCGGCAUUGUUCGCCAUUGUCAACGAUGAUCACCCUCCAUUGCCCGAGGGCAUCUCCGCCGCUGCCCGAGAUUUCCUGAUGCAGUGCUUUCAAAAAGACCCCAAUCUCAGAGUCUCGGCUCGAAAACUCCUCAGGCAUGCCUGGAUUGUGGGAUGUCGCCGCACGGAUGCGCCAGUCUCAAGGCCGCCGGCCAACUUUAAUGAAGCCGUCGAAGAGGUCAAGCAAUGGAACAAGGCCCUCAAUUCCUCCGGGACUUCUCUUCGCCUAUCAGCCGGGGCCGAAGGCAUCUCUCGAUAUCCUACCGGUACACCCUCCAAGAGCAGACUAAGCCUCGCGAAGCCAAGGCUCAGUGCUGGUGCACCGGGAGUGGGAGCCUUCAAGCUGGCCGAGCUAGAUGAUGACAAUUGGGACGACGAUUUUGCCACGGCAAUCUCACCGAGUGCUUUGCAGCUGCCGCAUCUGAGGCCGCAAGACAACUUUGGAGGGCUUCUCUCCGCUGACAAGCUCAAGGCUUUUGCGUCAGUGAAUGACCUCAGGGCCGACGUGGAAAAUUACGAUGGGGAUUUCGAAGGCAACAUGAUGACCAUCAAGGGGCCAAACCAGCAAGAACAACAACACCAACAGCUCUACCAGGAAUCACAAGAACAGACGAUACGGCCCGUGUCAAGGAGGAUGACGGCUUCGAAGCCUGCUUCACCACCAAAAGUACUGCACCAAGCGUCCAGAUCAGCUCCUGAACCAGCAAGCGCCUCACCCAACCUGUCUCGGACGAAGACGCCCCCGAAGUCGCACUUCAGCAACAAGUUUGAGCUGCCUCCUCGCCCUGGCGCUAUUUACAGGGAGCAAAGCUCCGAGGACUACUCCGACCUCUUCUCCGAUGACGAUAGUGUGUUUGACCAGAAGGUCCAUCAAGCUGUCCGAAAGGGCGGCCUGCGUCAACCUGAAGCACCCCAGCUCUUCCAUCCGUCUGACCUUACAAGCCUGCCUCGCUCGAUGCAGGCACCCGAUGGCAGCGUAGUAAGAAAGAAGCCCCUGUCAAGGCCCUCAGUUCUCCCCGACCGUCCCAUGAGACGCACUCGCUCCUCUAUCGAGAUUCAGAAGUUCGCCGAAGAUGAUGACGAGGACUUCUCCGACGUGUUCGGGCCCGAGGAAUCAAUAGCCGAGAAGGAAGAAAGCGAGCGAGGCUCCGAAGAUGCCGGUCUCAUGCUCAUGUCCCGAAUGUCAGGUACCUCUUGGCUGGGCGAUGACGACGACGAAGACGACCCGUUUGCGUCCAUGGAUCCGGGGUGGGAUGAGAUGGACAUGGACGCAAAGAUUGCCCGAGACCGGCAUGCGCGUCUUGCUGAGAAGGUUGAGGAGCUGGUGGCCUCUUUGAAAACGACGGAAGGUGAUGAUAUCUUGGCGGAGCUGUCUGAAGACUUGCUUGUAUUGCUCUGGGAAAAUCCAGAAGCCAAAAAUCUGAUCAUCAGUGCUCACGGAUUGCUACCAUUAUUGGAGAUUCUGGAGCCCUGUACGGUGAAGAGCAGGCACCACAUGAUCUUACAGCUGCUCAAAGUUGUCAAUGCGAUCAUUCUCGAUGAUGUUGAGAUCCAGGAGAACCUGUGUUUCGUGGGCGGCAUUCCCAUCAUCACCAAGUUUGCCGCCCGUCAGUACCCCAACGAGAUUCGCCUCGAAGCCGCCGCAUUCGUCCGCCAAAUGUACCAGACAUCGACUUUGACGCUGCAGAUGUUUGUUUCAGCCGGCGGUCUGAACGUGCUUGUCGAGUUCCUGGACGAAGACUAUGAUAGCUCCCGGGAUCUGGUGCUCAUCGGCGUAAACGGCAUAUGGAAUGUCUUUGAGCUACAGGGCCCGACGCCCAAGAACGACUUUUGCAGAAUCUUCUCACGGAGUAAAAUCCUCUACCCACUGGCGCUCGUUCUACAUCGGGUACUUGAUGAGGAGGGCGAGGAUGAGCUGAGUGAGCUUAUCGAGGGACGCAUCGUCAACAUCUUCUACCUUUUUAGCCAAGCCGAGAACUACGUCAAGGAGGUGGUGGCAGAUCGCCAGGUGCUCAAGAGCGUCCUCAAGGAUCUCCGGCGGAUGACACCGGUGCAUCAAAUCACCAUGCUCAGGUUCAUCAAGAACCUGUCCAUGCUCUCGACAACCAUCGAGUCGCUGCACUCGGCCGACGCCAUCGACUUCCUCAUCGACCUGCUCAGCUACAGCAUGAAGAAAAACCACAAACACCUUCGCGAGAUCUCUAAUCAGGUUCUCAAUACGAUGUUCAACCUCUGCCGGCUCAGCAAGGAAAGACAGGAAGACGCUGCCGUCGGGGGCAUCAUCCCGCUGCUACUGCGGAUCAUGAAGACGGACCGGCCGCCGAAAGAAUUCGCCUUGCCCAUUCUCUGCGACAUGGCCCACUCCGGGUCCAAGGGGCGGAGAUACCUCUGGCAGAACAAGGGCCUCGAUUUCUACGUAUCUCUGCUGUCGGACCAGUACUGGCAAGUCACUGCGCUGGACGCCAUCUUGGUCUGGCUGCAGGAGGAAACGGCCAACGUGGAGAACCAUCUGAUGGACAACGGCUUUUCGCGCGCCAUUGUCGCCUGCUUUGGCACGAAUAGGCUCAACGCGUUUGACUUCAACCUCUUGGAGCCUCUGCUCAAGCUUCUUCGGCUGAGUCCAGGCUUGACAGUGUCGCUUGCCAAGCCCGAGAUGUUUGCCGGCAUCACCCAGCGGCUGGGGCACAAGAAGGCGGUUGUACGGCUCAACCUGCUCAGGCUUGUGCGUGCCAUUAUGGACGUCUGCGAGCCGGGCGUCCUGGGAAGCGGAGACGGUGCUCGGACGCUCAACAGUGCCCAGAUGCGCUCGCUCAUGGACUCGAUUCAGGUCCUCGCCGAGAAGGACUCCGCCGUGCUUGUUCGCAAUCUUGCCUCGGAGCUGGUCAAGGCACAUUCAUCGCAUCCGGCGUCGUCCGUCAUGAUGAGGCACGACGGGAUGAUAUCGUCCACCCAGGUCAACCUCACGUCCUCCUCGUCAAGACGCGGGUCACGGCACAACACAAACUACACGCCGCAAGGCCUGGGGUCGCCCAUGUCCAUGCCACAAACCCCGACGCACCGGAGCCGAGGCAGCAUGGCCUCCGGCAACGCCUACAUCGAGGUCGCCGCCAGCCCACGCCGCUCAGGCGCCCUGGACCGCGACAACGUCAUGUACCGCCCCCAGAGCCGCGACGGGCCCGGGAGCAUCCCGCGCCGCAUCAGCAACGACUUCAACCCGAUGCCCGGCAGCAGCGGUUCGGGAUCCGGAGGCGUCAAGAGCCGGCUGCCGCGCACGCCGAUGACGGGCGGCAUCCAGAAUCGCAGCAGCGCGGGCAUGCUCCGGUCGGAAUUCGCCGCCCCCAUGGUCGUCCGCAGCGAGAGCAACCUAGGCAUAGGCGGCGGCGGCAGCAGCAGCAGCAGCAGGGAGAACGGGUCGUCGCGGCCGAGCAGCAGCAAUAGCGCUGGGAUGGCGGGCGUGGGCGUGGGCGUGAGCACGCCCAAGGCGAGGCACAAGACGUCUUCCUCUUCGAUUGCGUCUUCGAUUGAGGCUAUGAGGCAGUCGAGUCGGUGA